CACAAAAUUUUCUUAACAGCGACACAUGUUACUAGGUCGCGCAUGCGCAUUAAAUUUUUAUUUUCAGGGUGUUUUUACAUUGAAUUGAGUGUAGUUCGAUAUUUUCUAUAUGUAAAUAUUCACAACGGUGUACGAAAAAUAUAAAUAUCAACAAUUAUUAAAGCAUCAGUGUAAACUAUCAAGAGUGGUAUUAUUUAUCAAAAACAAUUAUUAAAAAUUAUAAUCAGGUUGAUGACUGGUAAUGUCCUCAUACACCUACGGUCAAAAAACUUUUAACCCUAUUCCACCAGAGAAGGGAAGUUUUCCUUUGGAUCAUGAUGGUUUUUGCAAAAAGUCAAUGGUCAAAUACAUGCGUUGUUUAAGUCUUAAUAAAAAUAAUAAUACUACUUGUAGAGAUGCUGCUAAAGAGUACCUCGAGUGUCGAAUGGAUCAUAAUCUCAUGACUCGCGAGGAAUGGCCAAAAUUAGGAUUUCACGACCAACAAAAAUCGACGUAACAAACUUAUUUACUUUAAGUAAUAAAUCAAUAUCUCAACUGAAAUAUCAACAAAACAAUUUAAUUUGAAUAAACCAUAGAAAGGGAAAAAUA